AGGAAUCGAUAUAAUUACUGAUUUUUAAAUAUCUGCUGCUAGUCUACGUUUGCCUUGGGACGAUUAACACUAACGCUUCCGCCUUUCCUAUCACUUGCAGAUAUACGUGUAUAUAAGUAUGUACUUAUGUGCGUGGGCAUGUGGGAGUGGGUGCUAGUGCAUGUUUGCGUUAAUAAAUACAUUUAUACUUAACAGAAUUGGCUUUGAUAAAAUAUGAAUCGAUAUAUAACUUUAAGUCAACUUGGCGAUGGUACGUACGGUACGGUGGUACUCGGGCAACGAAAAGAUACUGGCGAAAAAGUCGCCAUUAAACGCAUGAAGCGAAAAUACUAUUCGUGGGAAGAGGCCAUGAAUCUACGCGAAGUUAAGUCCUUGAAGAAACUAUCCCAUCCGAAUAUAGUUAAAUUGAAAGAGGUGAUCAGAGAAAAUGAUAAUUUGUAUUUUGUAUUCGAAUACAUGAAAGAGAAUCUCUAUCAAAUGAUUAAAGAUCGUGACACUCAUUUACCAGAGCCAACAUUAAAGAGCAUCUUAUUUCAGGUUCUUACAGGUCUAGCGUUUAUGCAUCGCCAUGGAUUCUUUCAUCGAGAUUUAAAACCUGAAAAUUUAUUAUGCUCAGGCCCGGAAUUGAUUAAAAUCGCUGAUUUUGGUUUGGCCCGCGAGAUCCGUUCGAGGCCACCAUUCACAGACUACGUGUCAACAAGAUGGUAUCGGGCUCCCGAAGUACUAUUGCACUCGACGAACUAUGGCAGUUCUAUCGAUUUAUGGGCUAUUGGUUGCAUUAUGGCCGAAUUGUAUACAUUUCGUCCUCUAUUUCCUGGCAGCAGUGAAGUGGAUCAACUAUACAAGAUAUGUUCUGUUUUAGGAACACCGGAUAAAAGUGAUUGGUUAGAAGGUUAUCGUUUAGCUUCAUCCAUUCAUUUUCAUUAUCCGGAUUGUGUUAAAAUGCCUCUUAAUACGGUCGUGAAUCGUUGCAGUCAAGCCGGUUUAAAUUUGUUAGAGGACUUAUUGCUAUACGAUCCCGAUAAGAGGCCAACAGCUCAACAGUCUCUAAAAUAUCCUUAUUUUAAUUUAAUGAAACGUAUCUCACCAAUGGCAGCUGCGAAAGCAAACGUGAAGUUAUCAGCCAAACACGCGGCCAACACAGGACUGACGCAAAGCUAUUCAAACACUGUGCUUCCGAUGCAAAAUAAAUUGCAUGCUAUUACCGAUACGAUCCAUCAAAGUAAUAAUCUAAGUAUGAGUAAUAAUAACAAUAAUAACGACGACAACAACAACAAUGACAACAAUAACAACAACGACAACAACGACAACAACAACGACAACAAUACAACUAAGAAUGCCAAUACAGUGAAAAAUGUUAGCCAAGUACAAAUACCAAAAAUUAGUUUCUUAACGAUGGAUACCGGAAAUGCGUUAAGUGCGACGUCAUAUGAGAAGAAAGCGUUACAAAGCGAUCAGCCGGCAGUACUUCACAAUAAUUCGAAUGCGGAUGCUACAACGAUUAAAAAUGAAGGUAUGCGUUAUAAUACUAUUUUAGGGCCAGCAAGUAACGUGUACUUAACCACCGGGAAUCCAAGUCAAAAUACUGACAAUCUGGCACGCAACGAAGCGGUUAAUGACAUUUUUUUGAAUCGUAAUGUAAUGCAUUUGUUCGGUUUACAGCAGCCGCCCGUUCUCGUGCAGCAUCCCAACGUCUCAUUUCAUAGUUCCAAUUUAAGUAAACGCUUCGAAAAUCCCAUUUAUGCGAAUAAUAAUAGAAAUUAUACCCUUUAUGAGACUGUUGCCAAGAAUGCCAAGAAUUCUGCUCAAAUGGCAGGAUACUACGUAUAUAAACGUCUAAACGAUGUAGGAGCGGACGCUCAACGAGUCAAUGCGGUCAAAGUGUACGAUAUGUUCUCAAAAGCGGGCCAACGUCCGCAAUUAGCGAUGAAUGCUUCCAACAUCCUAAUACGUAACAGUUGCGAACCAACUGUUGUCAAUGGUGCAGAUGUGCAAUUAUCAACCCACGCUAGUCAAAAUUUUUUUAUUGCCAAUAAAGACAUAGCGAGAAAUGAAGGUUAUGUGGAAGUGAAAAAAAUAAAUGAUAAUAAUAACGAUCAGAAUUUCAAUAAAGAUGAUGAGUUGGGCACUAUUUUGGGAUCAAAAAUGAAAACGUCCGCCAAGCGACAUAAGAAUGCAAAGUCGAAUUUAUUAUUAGAGGAUCUAUUUGGACACCUUUCGAUGGAGUCCGACGGUAGUGAUAUGAAAAAUUCGACAUUAAGCGAUCUCUCCGAUAAAAUGGCGGCAGCGACACGUUCCUCCAGUUUGCCGAUUAAAAAUCAUUUACCCAGUAGUUUAGAAGCCAAUCAAGGUACUCGAACGAACUCAUUAUCGACAAACGCGUGCAAAGUGCCGGAAAACAAUAAAAUACUAUUUCCCUGGGAUGAAACCAAUAAGACGGAAGAUGAAAAACUUAGCGCCUGGAUGGUCUCAGACAAUGGUAAAUGCAACUAUAAUAACAUAAUUUAG